CUGUCUUAUGCAACAAAUUACUCCAAAUGCAAUCUUACCUACAAUUUUCUUGCCUCAUGGCAAGCAGUUGCCUAUCCAUCGCACUUUGCUCAAUUGAUCUCAUCACCUUUCCAAAUUAUGACCUUCUAUAUAAUUCUCACAAAAACUCCGGUUAGAAUGAAACCGAUGCAAUUGCCAUUAUUCCUGAAUCACUUGUUGUGUUUCACUUGAUUUCUGUAUAUGCACACUUUCGAGCUUGUACGUUUUCCAGCCAAAAGUGGCAUUUGCUGGUGUUGGACUACUUAGUUGGAUUGGAACUCCUUUAUUUUAUCAGACAGCUGUUGGUGGAAUAGCGGCUACUAGUAUGUUAAUUUCAAUUGGUUUGAAAAGUUAAUGAACUUGCAUUAUACCAACAAAAAUGUCUCAGUUUUAUUUGUGUAGCUUAAUGUUUGGUAAGAGGUCACGAGAAAUUCACAAUCCGUUUUGCUCACGUCUUCGAUGUUUAAAUAGUUUCAAAUUUAAAGUGUGCGACCAAUUUUGAAAUUUGCUUCAGACGCUGGUUUAAUUUUUUUUUUCUUUUGCGCGGAACAUUUUUUGAGGGGUAGGUAAAACAAUGAAAUUUGUUUCAAAUAAAAAUGAGUUUCCCGUAAUGCGCAGGAGGGGGUGGCAAAAAAGAAGCGACUCGUUGACUCCGUAAUAAGAUGGAAUUUUCACUCACAACUGAUAGUUCUCUCUAUUUCUCAAACAAACUGGAAAGCUCAAUGCUUGUCAUUUCAGGUGUUGUCGGUUCAUACGUCUUUUUAUUUGAGAGUCGUAGCAGCUCGUUACUUCAAAAUCGAUUUCGGAUUUCUCGCAGAAUAUCUCGAGUAAUCUACUUUACUUACUUCAUAAUCGCCGUUAUGACAUUCAUGUUUCUUAUAAUCGCAAUUGGUGAAGAAACAGAUUGCAGCAAAGCUGCGAGUUCUGGAGAUUAACCCUUGCCCCACUCGAGAGUUUUUCAUAUUUCCAGUUUUUGUCUUUGAGGCUCCACAAAAUUUACUUGUUUUUGGUCUAAUCUUGAUGUUUCUACAUUUCACUGGUAAUAUGUUAUUCCAUGUGACAUGUCUUAUAUAUUAUCUCUAUGUGUCCCCAUCGCUCCUUAUGUUGAGGAAUACUCGAAAGGAUCAAUAUGUGUUUUUAGUCUGUGUCACAGUACAGAUUUCGGAGCCGCUUAUUAUGGUAGUUUUUCCAACUGCAAUCAUCUUCUUGGCGGCAUAAAUGGGAUAUUAUCGACAAGAAUGGAAUAACUUGGGUACUGACUAUCUUGCUUUCCACGGCCUUGUUGAGAGCAUUGCAAUCAUGUUGGUGCACAGACCGUAUCGAGAAGCGAUUCGAAAGUAUUUCAAGAAAGAUAAUUCAAUCGUCAUUCACAGAAGUCGAGAGUUUACAUAA